AUGGUACUAUGGAGUCCAUCAACUCUUGUUAACUACAAGGUACAUGCUCAGAAACAUGAAUGGUCGAAACAUGAUAUAUCCAUAUCGCUGCCGCCGUUGUGGAAGAGUAUAGUUGCAGAUGCAAUCAAGAGUAUAGUUGCAGAUGCAAGUUUUUUCUUUGUUGGAGUGACUGAUACCGAUGAAAUCUGUGUUGUCGCCGUGCCGUGUAUGCGAGCCCUUACCGUUUCUAUGUUUACUACUACAGUAUCGAGAGCAAUACGAUCAGAAGAGUUGAAAUCCAAGGAAUGGAUGCGUUUAACCAUUGUAGAGUUCACAUUUCUCUAA